AGCUGAGUGCACAAGUUGCCCAACCUGAAGGAAGAUCAAGUGAUCAACCAACAACAAAAGCAAACACUGCUAUUCCUGCAUUGUUUGAUCCAAAUUUGGCUCCUAAGUUGCCUGUCUGUUUUUUUAAGUUGCCUGACCUGAGAAUUCAGAUCAAGGGAUCGAGAGGCAUCAAAAACAUACAUUGGUGUCACGCUACAUUCUUUGAGCCAUCGUGGGCUCUCAAGUUGCUUGUCUGGCCUUUAAGAAGUUCAAUAAUGACAUCACAAAGAAAAUCAAGCCUCCGUUUUGUCACCUGGAACACUGGCGGUAUUAAAAAUACCCAUCAUUCACCUGAUAAGAGUUCUGAUUUGUUAAAAAUCUUCAGUGACCUUCAAGCUGAUAUUGUCUUUUUACAAGAGACACAUGUUGGACCAAAGGGUUACAAACUAUUGGAAGAUAUGACUAAAAAUGAUUGGAAGGCCUUCUUCACUGUGCACAACCCCCGGAGCAAAGGAGUUGCAAUACUGAUAAGAGACAAAGUACCAUUUGAGUACAUAUGCCAUGAUGAGGACUGUAGUGGAGGUUACAUUGUGCUCUUCUGUCGUCUGUUUGGUGAACUGUACACUCUUGUUAACGUGUACAAUCAUAAGGCAGACAGAGAUAUCUUAGCUAGAUUAAAAGACUAUUUGAUGGAAACAGCUGAGGGUGUACUAGUGGUUGGAGGGGAUUUCAAUACAGUUUUGCAUCCUAGCUUUGAUCGGAGACCUUCCUAUGCAUGGCAUUCACAAUUUCGAGCUAUUUUAGAAGACUUCACUGCAUCUCUGAAUCUAAGAGACACUUGGUCAUAUUUACACUCUACUGAGAAAGUCUUUACCCGACGUCAGAAUGAGAGUUACUCUAGAUUAGAUAUGUUUUUCAUGCAGGAGGUAAACUUGGGACAAGUGAGUGACAAUAGAGUUGAGAAACAGGACAUUUCUGAUCAUCAUCCUCUUGUCCUAGAACUCAGAGUUCAGGAACAAACCGAAAAGAAGAUCCCAAAUGUUGCCACAAGUUUGAAGGAAUUUACAUACAGUUCUGACAGGAGGUCAGGAAAGAUUAGUGGAGCAGAAAUACUGAGUGCCAUUAAGUCUUUGACAGGUAUACCUGGUAUGGAGAAUGUGAAAUACUACGAAAGCAAUCGCUGUCCACUGACUGAGACCUUAAAGAUAGAGUACAAUACAAUGAUAAAGAACAAAGAGGUACCUGAGCUAUUUAAAACAGACAGUGGCACCUUCAAUAUGAAAUAUUCAAUAUUCUACAAAAUUCUGGCCAAACGUCUCAGUGCGUUCUUUACCCCUUCUUUCAAGGGAAGGACAGAAAUUAAACUUGAUAAACGUUUUAUUGUAACCUUUAAGAAAAAAUCACAUAAAAUCAAGUGGUCUUACCUCAAGAAAAGACUUGAUAAUUUGAAAACAAAACAGAUCCCCUCUGCCCCCCCAGCAGAGUUCAGCAUUCUGGAUUCCCUUCUUCCUGAAGUUCAAAACACUUCUGGGGAAUUCAGACGUUUGUCACGUGGUUUUCCACUUACCAAUACUAUCCUCAAUCUGGCUCUGAAACAUCUAGAAGAAAUGGUUUACGCUCAUAAAUUGAAGUGUGAGGAAGCUGCACACCCUGGUAAGCGUCAUAUGCCUAAGUGUAAGGAGAUCAGGUCUAAAGCCAGUGUUUGCUAUCAAAGACAGGUUCUGCUCAUACAUGCACAGCCAAGAGUAUGCGAGAUAGUGUCAUCACAAGUGAAAUAUUUUGAGGAAAUUUCAGGACUUAAAAUGGAUAUUACAAAAAAUUAAGAACCUUUUUGAGCAGAACACAGAACUCUGAUUUUAUAUAUAUCAAUGGAAGUGUGCAGCUUCCUCACACUUCCAUUUACAGUACAUACAGUACUGCAAAAGUUUUAGGCACAUGCAAAGAAAUGCUGUAGAGCAAAGAUGCCUUCAAAAUAAUGAACUUAAAUAUUUCAGUAAAGAGCAGUAAACAGUAGUAAAUGAAAGAAAGUCAAUAUUUGGUGUGAUAAAAAAAUAAAAAUAAAAAUAGAAGUCUCCAGUACUGUUAGUGCAGUUUUAUAAGGAAAUGAGCUGUAAGUUUUUUUGAUAAUCUUGCAGAACCAGCCACAAUUCUUCUGGAGACGUUGACUGUCACACUUGCUUCUUAUUUUUGCAGCAAAACCUAGCAGACAAAACCUGCCCUCAUUCUUUGCACACAAUAGGAGAUAGAACCCUUAAAAUACUAAGGUCACACUUACCGCAGAACUGAAGUCCACUUGUACUGAAUUAAAAUAUAUUGUGAGCAUAUUUGAAAAGGCUAUGAAAUAUAUUUACCAAUAUAUUUUAAAUAUAUGUUUAUUUUCCUGGAUGUAUUUUAAAUAUAUUGCUACAUUUACAUUAGAACGUAAGAAUCUCUGCAUAACUGAUUGUUUUCAUCUAUUAAAAACAGAAAGAAAGAAGUCUUGUUAAAUGAAGUUGGACUUCGGUUCUUAAUUUGUAGCAAGUAACCUUGUCUUUAUGCUGCAUAUGGCCAUAUACUGUAGCUUACUACUGUUACCUUAAUGACACAAACUGUUAAAGCUACUUGUUAAAACAGUUUAGUGUCAGUAAAUUGUAGCACUGUUCAUUUCAGUACCUUUCUAUAUACAAUCUAUCUAUAUGUCUAUUUUCUUUUCUUUUACCACAGUAUACUAACAUUUUAUUAUUACAUCAAUAAACAAAUCAUUAUUUAGAGUUUGACAUAUAAAAAUAAUAAAUAACAGUUUUUGUAGUUGCUUGUGUGUGUAUUCAUGAUUACAAUGUGUGUGUUCUCUUAGAACCUUGAAUAUAUUCUUUUAUCACUAAAUGAGCUGUUAUGUACACUAUAUAUGCUGACAAAAUAUUAGUAAUUGUUAAGAAAAUGUAUUUGUAAAGUUAACCACCAGUUACAGAUAAUGAUCAUUAAUUUAUGGUUAUAUAUGUACAGUCAUGAGAACAAGAAAGUACACACUCCUUCAUUUCUAGGUUUUUAAUUUAUCAGUGCCUAAAUAAUGAUUGUGUGGUCCUCAUUAACUUCUAUAAACAAACAAAUAACAAAACAACCAAAUAAACAAACAAACAAACAAACAGUAGAUUACAAUAGGUAGUAUUUUUAGGCAUUUUUUUUUUCUUAAACGUAAAUCAGCAUUCAGAAACCAGGUAGGAAAAAAUAAAUACACCCUAUAAUUCAGUAACUUGUAAAACCUCCUUUUAGGAACAAAAACUUGAAGAAAAUAUGUUCUGUAGGAGUUCAUCAGUCUUUCACAUUGUGUUGGAGAAAUUUUGGCCCUUUUGAGGGCAUUUGUUUAUGCACAGCUCGCUUAAGAUCCUGCCAAGGGAUCUCAGUGGGGUUGAGGUCUGGACUUUUACUUGGCCAUUCCAAAAAUUUUAUUUUUUUUCUUCUUUAGCCAUUCAGAUGUUGAUUUGCUGGUGUGCUUGGGUUCAGUUUCUUGUUACAUAACCCAAUUUUGGUUUAGCUUAAUCUGCUGGACUGAUCGCCUCACAUUUGUUUAAAGAAUAUUCUGGUAUAAAGUGGAAUUCAUCUUUGUCUCAGUGGUGGCAAAUUUCCCAGGUCCUGCGGCUGCACAACUAGCCCAAAUCAUCGCCCCUCCACCUCUAGACUUGACAGAUGGUAUGGGGUGUUUGUGGUGCCACAUUGUGUUUGGUUUUUGCCAAACAUGGUGCAGUGCAUGAUAGCCAAACAUCUCCACCUUGCUCCAAAGUAUAUUGUUCCAGAACGUUUCUGGUUUCUUCAGAUGCAAUCUAGUAACCGAAAUUGUGCUUCAUAUUCUUUUUUGGAGAGAAUGGUCUUUUUCAUAGCCACCCUUCAAUGAAAGCCAUACUUGUUCAGUUUUUUUCUGAUUGUGCUGUCAUGAACAUAAACAAUUAAUUUGCUUACAGAGGCACAUUAAUGUGCUUACUGAUGGUCACAUGAUAUAGCUCUUGAGUUUUUCUUUAUGUCUCUGAGUAUUAAACAUUGGACUGAAUUUGCUGAGAUACCCACUCCUGGGAAGCUUGGCAACUGCUUGAAGUCUGUCCAUUUGUAAAUGAUCCUCAAUUCUCACUGUAGAAUGGUGAAUAUCAAGUUAUCUGGAAAUGGCCUUAAAACCCUUGAUAUAAGGUGAUAUAAUUAAAGGAAGAUGUACUUUCAGUUUCCCAUGAAUAUAUGGAGCUAAAAAUGUGUGUUAAACAUGAAUUAAUAGAAUGUAAUAGUUUGUAGUACCAAAACUAAAGUGAAAGCUGUUUAUAUUUAGUUUAUGUUUCUAAAUGUUUGUAAUUUAUCAGUAAAUAAUAUUUUUAUAUAUAAUAUAUUAUAUAAUAUAUAUAUUGAUUGACAAUGAUUUACAAUGCAU